UGCUUGCUUUUUGGAUAAAUAAAUCAUCAGAAACAUACAUUUUGCAUGGACAAUGGACUCUGGACACGGGAUUUUUUAGUCAACCUAUCAGUGUCUAGUUGCGCUCUUUACAAAAAAGGAGACUCGACUGAUCGUGUUUUGUCUCCAAAACUUGACCCAUUAAUUACUGCUCUUUGGUAAUUGAAGUGAUCCUUUGGACAGCAUCCCAAAACUACUUUAACAGGAUAACACUGGUAUAUAAAAGGCCUUUGAUUCUACAGCAUCCGUGCUCCGCACACCAUGUCUCGCUAAAUCUCGAGUGUUUAAUCUCCCGUAAUUACAAAGAUUUGCUUAGGUUAAUAAAAAUAAUCCGCCUCAAUUGAGACCCCCUACGUGGACCUCCGCUGUGCCUUCUUUACCCCUUUCUGUGAGGGAUAAAUUCACAGUCAUAUAAAUAGAGACACCUUCACAACCGAGAAGCACAACUCUUCGAGUCAGGAGCACAAAAAGGCUGUAGGAUAUUGAGAAAGUGGUUUUAUUUCGUCAGGUUUUUUUUCAGAGAGGCGAAAACGUUUAAUUCAAAUUUGUUGCUAAAUAAAGGAGCCGCGUUUAGUGUGACGUCAUUUCCCCAGGUUGAGAUUGUGUCACUCGUGAGCGCAUCAAGGUUAACAACAGUUGAGAGGCUCAUCUUUAUCUGUGAUCUUGUCAACGGUAAGACUUCAGCGAAACAAGCGAGGCGUUCAGUUUAUGAAUGGUCCUGUACUUCACAAGAAAAAUAGCCAUGCUGUGAAACUCAGACACAAAACUCUGAGAAGACUUUUUGGGAGAGAGACUUUUCAUUUAUCACCGAUUCAACAGUCAGUUUGGAGCCAAUAAAACCUCUGUAAUGAGUCUGAGAUAUCUUAAUUCAGGGAUCACAAUGGAGGACAGAAGCAGCCGCACCGGCGGCAGAGAAAGACUGGGACUGAGCUUCACUAUUGACUACCUUCUGUUCAAUAAAGGAGUCAAAGGUUCUAAAGAAGAAGCGACAGGAAGUCGUACGGCAGAGCAGACGGCGAGCAACAUGCUAAUUCAUCAGAAUCCUACACCCGAAGAGAUGGGGAUUCGCUCUCAGAUACAGGAGAAGCGGCUCCAAAGGUCAGAGGCUGAGACUGAAGAAAGGAAAGUCAAAGAAGAGGAGGGGGAUGAAGCGCAACAAGAGGAGGGGGAGGAGGAAGUGACCACCACCACCACCAACGCCACCACCACAUCUACCGAUACAGAGAAGUCUGCGGACAAACCCAACCAGUCGUACAUCGCACUCAUAUCCAAGGCGAUCCUGGUGUCAGAGCAGAAGAAACUGCUGCUGUGUGACAUCUACCAGUGGAUCAUGGACCACUACCCGUACUUCAAGAGUAAGGAUAAAAACUGGAGGAACAGCGUGCGUCACAACUUGUCCCUGAACGAUUGCUUCAUCAAAGCAGGCCGCAGCGACAACGGUAAAGGCCACUUCUGGGCGAUUCACCCAACAAACUACCAGGACUUUUCUAAGGGGGACUACCACUGCCGGAGGGCGCGGCGGAGGGUACGCAGGUCGACAGGACAGCUCCCCCUUUCCUCCCUGAGCUACCCCUACCACCCCGCCCUCGCCCGCCACCACAGAACAACCUACUGGUGCUGCCCUCAAGCCCAAACGCUCCCUCUGUCCUGCUUGGCGCCCAGACUCUACUGGCCGUGGUCCGGUGUGCAACCACAGGUGGGGUUCCACCCGGGCCUGCAUGCCUCUGUACCCUGAGAGGGAAUAGUUUGUGCUGUACUCACAGUUUGGCCCUUAAUUACUGUUAAAAAGAGAAAUAUUAGAGACUUAUUUGCUAAUGAAUAUUUCAUUUGGAUGAUGUUCAAAUUGAAGUGGACAAUGUUACAUUAUAUUCUGCAAACUAAAGGAAUUUAAGGGUGUUCAAUGACCCAAUGUGCCCGGUCUGUGGUCGGCCAAUCGAGGUAAUGUUCAUUAACCUUUUUGUAUAUCUGUUUGCCACUUUAAACCGAUGGUGUAGGGGACCUUUAAAGGAGUAGAGUAGUAUGAAUCUUAUGGAGCACUUCUUUCAUUUGUAUUCUGAAUGUUUUUAG